CCACUAGGCAACACUUUCAUCGGUCUCACUUUUUACGGAGUGACAGGUUGAAACGCAGUGAGCCCUGUAAUUGCAGGGUGUUCCCAAGGCAACAGAUAAGGCAUGCAUUUCGUCAACCUGUUUGGGUUCAGUUUCUGAAAAACAACUGAGAUUGACGGUGACAGAUUGAGACUGACUCAUUGAUUGCGCUGUUUGGUCGAGACCCGCAUGAACGCAGUAACAUUUAAAGUGUUGCGGCGCUCGCGCCAUUCUAGUCAUUGCAUCUUCUAUGGGAAAUAUAUAUUUUAAUCUACGACGCAGCCGAGGAAGUUCAUUAAAGAAAACGCUUGUCUACACAACAGUUUGCCGCAAGAAUUUGGCAGUAGGUCCAACUGGCCUCACAACCAACCACACCUCCACAUCUGGCUUCUUCACCUGCAAGAACAUCUGACCAUCUAAAGCCCUUUUGUGGAGAAACUCAUUCUGAUUGGCUGGGCCUAGCUCCUCAGUGGGUGGGCCUGGCUGCCAGACGAGCUGUCCAGGAUGAGGUGUGAGUUGGAGGUGACCCCUGAACCCAGCAGCCCCACGCUGCUCGGAGAGGUAGCAGACACCUACUGCCAGGUGGAACGCUGGCAGAAGCUUCGCACCGCUGUCCGCAAACUGGAAUUCUGGGAAGACUUCAGUGCCGAGCUGAUUGGGAGUGGCUUCUUCUCCAAGGUGUACAAGGUGUCGCACAGCACAACGAGGAAAGUGAUGGUGGUCAAGAUCUAUAAGAACGACGUGGACCAGGACAGCAUCGUACGAGAGAUCAGUCUACUGCAGAAGCUCUCACACCCUAACAUUGUCAGGUAUCUUGGGAUCUGUGUGCGAGAAGAAAAGCUGUACCCAAUACUGGAGUAUGUGAGUGGGGGCUGUCUGGAGGACCUCCUGGCCCAGGAGGACGUGUCUCUGUGUUGGAGGGAGAAGGUGGACCUGGCCUGUGACAUCAGCAGAGGCAUGACCUACCUGCACUACAAGAACAUCUACCACAGAGACCUCAACUCCAAGAACUGUCUGAUACGGGAGACGUCUCGGGGCAGGGAGGCGGUUGUGACAGAUUUUGGUCUGGCCAGGGAGGUAAUGGUGGAGCUGCCAGCUAAUGACCCAGAGAGGAAGAUGUCUCUGGUGGGUUCUGCUUUCUGGAUGGCCCCCGAGAUGCUCCGAGGGGAACCCUACGACCGCAAGGUGGAUGUUUUCUCUUUUGGCAUCAUGCUGUGUGAGAUUUUGGGCCGGAUCUCAGCAGAUCCCGAGAUCCUUCCCAGAACACGGGACUAUGGUCUAGACGUUGAGGCCUUCAGUGAGAUGGUCCAAGGUUGUCCACGACGCAUCCUGGAGCUGUCAGCCAACUGCUGUCUGAUGGAUGCGUUUCGGAGACCCUCCUUCUCAGAGCUGCUGGAUGAGUUGGAGGACAUCGCUGAGAGCCUGGAACCCCCCGACUCAAACCUGACCACUGGGUGAGGGGGUGGGGUCACCGUGUACCCCCCUCAGCCCUCCUCCCCUGGAACGGAGGACAGUGUGGACGGCAGCAGGCAGCCACCCCAGUCUUAUACAGAAGAGGCACUUUAUAGUUCAGGUCCGCUCUACAGGAACCAGGUGUAGGGCUCAUAAUGCAGCUCCUCCUGCUGACUCUGUGUGACUCUGUGUUUCUCUGAAACAGAACCGGAUCACUGGAAGUUCAACACUCACCACCCCCCACUGUCUUUCUACAGUACAAACUCAGCUAGUGUGGGUCCAUUUGAAAGGGGUGGGGGUCGAAACAGACUCAAAAAUUCCCUAAAGAGCAUUUCCUCCUGGCUCUUAAGUUGUAUUCUAUGAUGUUAUUAUUCCACUUUAAGUUAAGGAUGUAGAAAUCCUUAUUUGUAAAUAGUACAUAAGGAGGACUGUCUGAGUAGUCCUGAUCCGUCUAUUCUCUUCUAUCAUAAUAUCAUCAUUUAAAACAGGGCUUCCCAACCUAGAUCUGCAAUGUUUUAGGCUAGAAACAUGUCGUUUAUUGCCUGAGGAAGACUCAACUCUGAUGCACACGGGACUAUCUUUGGUUUGUCUCUGACAUUCAGAAGCUUAGCUACGACCUUCUAAAGUCGAUGAGUCAAAGAAAUUGGACUGCUUGGGAAGUAAUCUUAUACAAUGUGUGGCUCUGUUACUAUCAAUUGAUCUAUUCACUUUCUGUAAAAGAGAAUAUCUAUAAUUAAAUGAAAGCAUCUUAAAAUGAUCAUAAUAAAACAUAUUUAUUUGAUAGCGGAAUAACAUGUGAGGAAAUCAGGUCUAGACUUUAUUUUCCUUAUCCAUUAUUAUUAAAUAGCCCAUCUAAAAGAUGUCACGAGUCUCUUCUUAAACUACGUAGAAUUGCAGGAAAUUAGCUUCAAAACAACAACAUUUUCCUGGUCCCUCAAAUGAAACAAAAUCAAGCUGGUGGUGUAUUUAAUAUAGAGUCUCUCAAUAAACUGAAAAUGGGGAGAGGGGUGGGACAUUUUUCAAAUGUGAAAAAGGGGGCCCUGGGGGUAAAAGGUUGGGAAUCCCUGAUUUAAAAUAACAUUUAUGUAGGACUUCUCCCCCUUUCUUUCAUCAGCCAGUCCAAGUGGUGACACAAUCAAAAAUAAAUCCCUCCCUCUGUUAAAGUAGUCAUCUAAAUGAUGUCAUUUAACGGUGAGGUAAUGGUGGACUGCAGCAGUGGAGCAGGAUUGCAGGAGGCAGGAUUGCAGGAGGCAGGAUUGCAGGAGGCAGGAUUGCAGGAGGCAGGAUUGCAGGAGGCAGGAUUACAGGAGGCAGGAUUGCAGGAGGCAGGAUUGCAGGAGGCAGGAUUGCAGGAGGCAGGAUUGCAGGAGGCAGGAUUGCAGGAGGCAGGAUUGCAGGAGGCAGGAUUGCAGGAGGCAGGAUUGCAGGAGGCAGGAUUGCAGGAGGCAGGAUUGCAGGAGGCAGGAUUACAGGAGGCAGGAUUGCAGGAGGCAGGAUUGCAGGAGGCAGGAUUACAGGAGGCAGGAUUGCAGGAGGCAGGAUUGCAGGAGGCAGGAUUGCAUUGCACUAGAAGUGACUGUUACAGUACAUGGCUGAAAUCUAUAGGAUGAAGGAAUUGUUCAACUGUCUUUCUCUCAUUUCCUUCUUUUUCUGGCUUCUAACGUCAACACUGUUCUGUUGGAGAUUAACAGAGGUGGCCAGUGUUAGGUAAGGGUUGGUGUUCAGUGUGGUUCAGUACUAGGGCCAAGUAGACAGAGGGAGGAGCGCUAUCCCUCCCUCUCAGGAUGUGAAUAAAAUAAUACUAAACUCAAUUAAACACUAACCUUAGGAAGAACUUAACUGUUGUGUAUCGUUUUAUACUAAAUGCCUUUGUUUCUUGUAAUGCUUGUACUGUAUCUUUUUUGCCUCACCCUUUUGUGGGGAUACAUUUUGUUUACCAUAUAAGAUUCAUACACAAAAUAUUAACAUAAAGUACUGUAUCUGUUGAUCGGGUAGAAUUUUGCUUACUUUACAGAUCUUUAGAUAUAUAUGGAAGAUUUAAAGCAAUGUUUAAUAAAAGGCAUCAAGCAUU